AUGAAUAUAAAAUUUUUCAUGAAGAUUUAUUAUCCAGAAUCUUAAUUGCCUGUGCCGAUAUCUUAUAUUUUGACUUAAAACAUUUUGCAAUAUUAGAUGCUUUUGCCUUAGCUAGUUCAUCUAAUUCUGAUAAAUACCUUAGAGGAUUUGUGAAAAAAGUUGCUGAUAGGGUUGGAAAACCAUAUUCCGAAUUUAUUGACCUUGGGCUUUAUAAAUCACGUUUUAGUCUUCGGCUUCUUGAAUGGGCAAAAGAAGAUAGA